GCGUGCUUGGCAGGCAGUAUUACCACUUAAGCCACUCUGCCAGCUCAAGUUUCUCUUUACAAAUUACCUAAUCUGUGGUUUUUAUUAGAGCAGCAGGAACAAAGAUUUUGUCUCUUCCUCAGCUUCCCAGUCCUCUAGGCUGGGUGGAAUCUUCAUUUUUAACUAGCACCUCAGAUUAUUCCAGCCACUUACUCCCUCACUAACCCAGGAUGCAGUGGUUCUGGCUAUCCACAGGUUCCAGGGAUUGGAUGUGAACAUGUUCUAGGCGGGUGGAGAGCCUCCACUCAACCCUCUACACUCCUCUAGAGCCUCCAGAAGAUGCUGACCUGUGGACACCCUGACUUUGGCCCUGGGAGAUUCAUUUUAGACUUCGGGCCUCCACAACUGCAAGAGAGUGCUGCCAGCUCUGGUCCUGCCGGGGGCUUCUGCUGCUGCUGCUGCUGCUGCUACUUGGGAUGCCCCCUCGAGGCCUGGCACUGCCACCCAUCCGCUAUUCCCAUGCAGGCAUCUGCCCCAACGACAUGAACCCCAACCUCUGGGUGGACGCCCAGAGCACCUGCAAGCGAGAGUGUGAGACGGACCAGGAGUGUGAGACCUACGAGAAGUGCUGCUCCAACGUGUGUGGGACCAAGAGCUGUGUGGCAGCCCGCUACAUGGACGUGAAGGGGAAGAAGGGCCCGAUGGGCAUGCCCAGGGAGGCCACAUGUGACCACUUCAUGUGUCUGCAGCAGGGCUCUGAGUGUGACAUCUGGGACGGCCAGCCCGUGUGUAAGUGCAAAGAUCGCUGUGAGAAGGAGCCCAGUUUUACCUGUGCCUCGGAUGGCCUCACUUACUAUAACCGCUGCUACAUGGACGCUGAGGCCUGUUCCAAGGGCAUCACCCUGGCCGUCGUCACCUGCCGCUAUCACUUCACCUGGCCCAACACCAGCCCCCCGCCACCUGAGACCACCGUGCAUCCGACCACGGCCUCCCCAGAGACCCCAGGGCUGGACAUGGCAGCCCCAGCCCUGCUCAACCACCCUGUGCACCAGUCAGUCACCGUGGGUGAGACAGUGAGCUUCCUCUGUGACGUGGUGGGCCGGCCGCGGCCCGAGCUCACCUGGGAGAAGCAGUUAGAGGAUCGGGAGAACGUAGUCAUGCGGCCUAACCAUGUGCGUGGCAAUGUGGUGGUCACCAACAUUGCCCAGCUGGUCAUCUACAAUGCCCAGCCCCAGGAUGCCGGCAUCUACACCUGCACAGCCCGGAAUGCUGCUGGGGUCCUGAGGGCCGACUUCCCACUGUCGGUAGUCAGUGGAGGUCAGGCUGCGGCCACCUCGGAGAGCAGCCUCAAUGGCACAGCUUUCCCGGCAGCCGAGUGUCUGAAGCCCCCAGACAGUGAGGACUGUGGUGAGGAGCAGACUCGUUGGCACUUCGAUGCUCAGGCCAACAACUGCCUGACCUUCACCUUUGGCCACUGCCACCGCAACCUCAACCACUUUGAGACCUACGAAGCCUGCAUGCUGGCCUGUAUGAGUGGGCCACUGGCCGUGUGCAGCCUGCCCGCCCUGCAGGGGCCGUGCAAGGCCUACGCACCACGCUGGGCCUACAACAGCCAGAUGGGCCAGUGCCAGUCCUUUGUCUACGGUGGCUGUGAGGGCAACGGCAACAACUUUGAGAGUCGAGAGGCCUGUGAGGAGUCCUGUCCCUUCCCUCGGGGCAACCAGCGCUGUAGGGCCUGCAAGCCAAGGCAGAAACUCGUUACCAGCUUCUGUCGAAGUGAUUUUGUCAUCCUGGGCCGGGUCUCUGAGCUGACUGAGGAGCCCGACUCAGGUCGUGCCCUGGUGACUGUGGAUGAGGUCUUGAAGGACGAGAAGAUGGGCCUCAAGUUCCUAGGCCAGGAGCCACUGGAGGUGACUCUGCUGCAUGUGGACUGGGCCUGCCCCUGCCCCAAUGUGACAGCGGGCGAGACGCCACUCAUUAUCAUGGGCGAGGUAGAUGGUGGUAUGGCUAUGUUGCGACCCGACAGCUUCGUGGGAGCCUCGAGCGCCCGGCGGGUCAGGAAGCUCCGUGAGGUCAUGCACAAGAAGACCUGUGAUGUCCUCAAGGAGUUCCCGGGCUUGCACUGAGGCUGGCCCACCCUCCCUGGUCUUCUUCCACCGACCCACCCCGGUACCCCUCAGUUCAAAAAUUGGGCAAGAUCAGGUUAGACAGUCUUGGGCCAGUAGGGAAACACAGCCAACGUGUCAGAAGAAAGCUAUCAGAAGGUCUUAGAGCAACUUCUAUUCUUUGGGUUCAGUAAGGGGUCCAUCUCUUUUUUAGCUGAGGGGGCCAAAAGAAGUCAAUCGACACAUGUAAGUUAUUCCUAAUGACCAUUCUGCUCAGGCAUUCCCUUUCCUGACCCCAUCAUUCUUCCCAUCUCUUAGCCAGGCUCCCCAACCAUGGGUUGGCUUGCUAGGGGUUAGGAAGAGACCGGAGGGGCCAGGAUUUGUCUGAACAACUUCCCCACAGCCUCCUAGACCACUGUGAGCAGAGAUACUUCCCGUUAAAGUCAUGAGCAGUGAAAAGCCAGAGGCAAAGUCCAACCCAGCUUUCAGCUUGUUCUGAGUGGAGGCUGCUGGGACAGGUGUCAUUUGUGGUGUCAGGCUGUUUCUGAGGCCAUCAUGACGCCAGCAGAAUCCGUUUCCUCUCCUUGGCUUCAUUGGUUUGUUGAAUUCAAUUCAAUUCAGUGCAUUGGACACUUUCUGAACACUUCCUGGGUGUCAGUGGCUAGGCCCACAGAAAGAUGUCCUUCCUUCUACUCACAGUGUGCAAACACAGAGCCCUGACCAGGGCCUCCCACACCUCCUAGCAGACCUGUGACUGGCCACCCAGCUGUCAAGUGUUUCCAUCUGAUCGGUGGGGGCCUUUCAAAUGCCACUGGCUUCCUUGGACAGAAAGACAGAUGUCCAGGGUUUGUUUUGGUAGCAAGAGAAAUAAAGAGAAAAGGCAGGCAGAGAGGAGAUAGUGGAGGAAUAAAAAGAAGGGAGGCAGGCUAAAGAAGGACAAGGAAUGUUGCUCGAUGCUCCAUCUGGUGGUGGCCUUGGGAGCCCACAGGGACCUGGAGGAAGGCUCUAUCUAGGUGGGGCCUGGGAAGGAAGGUUUGGGGAUAUAGCAGCAGCUGGUUGGUGAUUUUUUUGUUUGUUUGUUUGCAGACUCCUGUGUGGACCCAGGUACCCCACCACUAGACAGAGGGUUUUGGAACCCCACUGUCAGCUCUGCAUCUUCCCUAUUCCCUCCUCAGCCCUUCAUUCUGUCUAUGUCCCCCAAAGCCAAGGAAGGCCAUGGGAGGCGGGGGUGAAGCCUCAAGUACAGGGAGGAAGAUACUAAUUAAAAGCCCGUAG